GAAGGCCUGAAUUCAACAUUAAAAAGCCAUCAAUUGUGAUGAACCAACAAGUUACUAUUACCAUUACUUAUUUGUGCUCUACAAUUCAGACUCAAUCCUAUUCGAGGAAUUACCGUGCAUUACUAUCACCGACACAAUCUUAUAGCAAAUAAAAUCAUGAUUUUUUUAACGUGUGUCAUAAGAUGUACAAAAAAUAAAAUAAAAUCAGUAAACAAUAUAUAUAUAUUUAAAAAAUUAUAUGCAUAAAUUUUAAAAAAUAAAAAUUAAACUACUCCAAAUUGCAAGUGAUUGGUAAAGAACCACGGACUAAUUGCAUUAAUUUUGCUCUUGAUUUCUGAAUUUGAACAAGAUUGACUCUAUAGAUGAUAACGAUUAAACGUGAGUGGUUAUGGAAGCAUGUAGUUACCGAAAAGGGAAUGCCGGUGAAGACGAAAAAACCAAGCAAGGGAGCAUAAAACACGCUAUCCGAGGUUAGUACUCCAAACACAGGCUUUUGGUUCGCAUAUUCAAAAAUGGAACCUAUCUGUGCAACAAAAAAUAUAGACUUUUAUAUGAGUAACAAGUGGAAUAACUGUGUCACCUCAAAAAUAACAAAUGAUAGUUACCGCAGCAAUUGCGGUGACAGCAGAGGCAAGUAAAUAAGCGUAGAAUGGGAUCUCAAAUCCUUGUUGCGAAGAAGAAACACCGUUGUUCUUUGCUUCGUCUCGAGCCCAAGGCGGUGGUUCAUCGGAGUCUGGCUUAGCCCAAGAAGGGAUUUUUUCCUCCGACUUGCUUGACUCUGCAGAGCCUUGUGUCACUGCAACCACCACAAACCCAUGUGGCAAUUUUCUCUUCCCAAAAAGCACGCUCUGGGGGUAGUGAGGAACUCCCAGAAAUGCAUGUUGAGAUUGUAUUGCACUUGUGCUUGAUAAUGAUGAGAAGAUGCUACCACUGGUUGCCAUGGGGUUGGGUUUUUUUUUUUCUAACAAAUCUGAAUUUCAGCUUAUGCUUCAGCCAGUGAAAUCUUAUCCUAUGUUUUGGGCCACAUGGGUUUACUAUGGGCCUGGGUUUGUCUUUUAUUUAUAAUGGGCCACAUGUAAGUUAAAGGCCCAGUGAGAUAUUGGGAAAAGUAGGGUGAAAUAUUUGAAAUGGAAAUUCCCACGCAAGGGAUAGCGCCCAAUGUUUGAGAAUGGGAAUUCAAAAGGGGUUGCACGUUUUAUGCUUUCAUUGUUAUCCGCAAUUGCAUAUCCUCUUCUUUUGGCCUCUUUCUCUUUUGCUUUCUUGCCUUUCUCUUUCUCUCUGUGUGUGUUUGUGUGUCAAUGGCGGGAAAAGGAGGGAAGGGGCUUGUGGCUGCAAAAACCACGACAGCCAACAAGGACAAGGACAAGGAUAAGAAAAGGCCUGUCUCUCGUUCAUCCCGUGCUGGGAUCCAGUUUCCAGUGGGUCGUAUUCACAGGCAGCUGAAGCAAAGGGUGCAAGCAAAUGGGCGUGUUGGGGCCACAGCCGCAGUUUACUUGGCUUCAAUUCUGGAAUAUCUGACUGCUGAGGUUCUUGAACUGGCUGGAAAUGCCAGCAAGGAUCUCAAGGUUAAGAGGAUCACACCAAGGCACUUGCAGCUGGCUAUUAGGGGAGAUGAAGAGCUUGACACCCUCAUCAAAGGGACCAUUGCAGGCGGUGGUGUCAUCCCUCACAUUCACAAGUCCUUGAUCAACAAAACCUCCAAAGAAUGAUCUCUUUUGUUAUGUGCCUGUAAUCAUGUAGCGCUGGUGUAGUGUAGGCUUUCUUUUACUGUUUCUUUAGAACAUAUUUUAAAGUUAGUGAUUUAGUGUGUAAAAAUGGUCAUUCUCUCGGCUGUUUUAACUUGUUUGUUAGGCUCCUAGGAUUGUAAUGCUGUUAGAUCCUUAACAGUUCUUUGUUUUAGCUUCAUUAUUAUGUGACUUACUUGUUUUUAGUAGCAACUUUUGUCUU